CAAACAAUGAAACCAAACGUCCAAAACAUAUUUUCUUUCUCAUUUUUAUAUCGAGCACCGAUACGGUAGCCAGAAUUUGUUUUUUGUUUGUUUAAUUCGGUUCUCUCUCACUGAUUUCCAUCAAUGGCUUUGUGAUCAGGAACAUUAUCAGUUAUGACAUCAUAUGAAGUGCUCACUCUGUUGGCGGGGUUCUGGAAGUUGAUUAACAUGCAUUCUUACCAUACAAAUUUCUGAGGAUUAAUUGAGGUGAGUGAGGUGAGACUUAAUUCCGGGACUAAAAUUGUCAUUUGUUAUGACAUUCAACUUCAACAUGCAAGCUGGGAAACGGAGAGCAAAAACUACUACCAUGGCCGAGGGCGAGGAGCUUAUUGAGCUUAGAUUCCGCAUUUAUGAUGGGAUAGAUAUAGCACACGGCACUUACGAGGCGUCUAUGACUGUCUCAACUCUUAAGCAAAGGAUUAUUGCUGAGUGGCCUCAAGGCAAAACAGUCACGCCAAAGUCGAUACACGAUUUGAAACUCAUACAUGCUGGUAAAGUUCUGGAAAACAACAAAACCCUGGCUGAUUCCAGAAUAACAGUUGGUGAUCUCCCUUUGGGUGUUAUUACCAUGCACGUGGUAGUGCAGCCUUCUAAAGCAAAACAGAAGACAGAAAAGAGCAAGCAGGAGAUGCAGAAGCUGAAUCCAUGCGGGUGUAUUAUUCUUUAAACCAUAAACAUGCUCCUUAGUUGUCAACUUUUUAGUGGAAAAAAGAUCUAGCUUUUCACAAUUAUACCUCUAGUUGUAUUUGUCUGAUUUUGCUUUUGAAAAUCAUGUUCAUCCCGCCUUUAACCAUGAUUUCUCAGGUACAUUGUUCCCUCUGUAACCAUCCUCCUAUCAGUAAAAUUAGGCUAUUUGAA